UAAGAAACCAAGCUAGCCUAUGUAUCUAAUACUGAUUCAAAGAGGAAACCCAGUCUUGCUUUAACUGUCUGCAGGUAGUUUUCAUCAGUUUCACCUAUUACAGGAAAAAGAGAAAGGAGCUACUCUUUGGAGAAGCCAUGUUCCAUGACCAUAUGAGGCCACAAUAUUCCAACACCAUGGACAACAUUAUACGAUUCAAAAACCAGGACUUCAUCUCCUUGAGGAAUUGGUGUUUAAAGAGUGGCAGGCUUUUUGAAGAUGACAUGUUCCCAGCCAAUAACAGUGCCAUAGGGCAGAGACUCCUGAAAGAAAAAGAUAUUGAAAGCCCUCAGUGGAAGAGACCAAAGGAAUUAUUGGGGACUGCGUUCCCUCACUUUAUUCUGGAUGGUAUCAGCAAAUUUGAUAUUCGACAAGGAAGAGCAGGUGACUGCUGGUUUCUAGCAGCACUGGGCUCUUUAACCCACAAACCCAAACUUCUGGCAAAGAUCAUUCCCUCAAACCAAAGCUUCACAGCAGGAUAUGCAGGGAUUUUCCAUUUCCAGUUUUGGCAAUGUGGACAAUGGGUGGAUGUGGUGGUUGAUGACCGGCUCCCUGUGGAAUCAAUUAAUAGAAAAUACCUGUUUGUACAUCCUCGAAGAGGGAACAAUGAAUUUUGGCCCUGUUUGCUUGAGAAGGCUUAUGCCAAGCUUCACGGCUCUUACUCCCAAUUGCAUUAUGGCUACACGAUUGAUUCAUUGGUGGAAUUGACAGGAUGGGUUGUUACAAAAGUCAGUCUUAAUGAAGUCCAUCCCAAUCUGUUCAAGAAUUUAAAAGUUGCUGAACAAUCUGGCUCACUAAUAACAUGUGGGAUUGCAGAUCCUUCAAACAUCGUAGAGAAAUUCGGACUAGUGAAUAAUCAUGCAUAUACAGUGACGGGCAGUGCAAAGAUUAGUUUGGAUACCCGCCAGGAAGAACUCAUUCGAUUGUGGAACCCUUGGGGUGAAAAAGAAUGGACAGGACGUUGGAGUGAUAACUCCCGAGAAUGGCAGAUGGUUCAAGAAUCAGAGAGGACCAAGCUUUAUAAGAACAAAGAAGAUGGAGAGUUUUGGAUGUCAUUUCUAGAUUUCCAGAAGACAUUUACCAGCAUGCUUAUAUGCUUUCAAUAUCCAAUGGUAAUGAAUGAUAGAAGCCUGAGAAAUGGAGUAUGGUCCCAAAUUCUAAAUAAAGUCCAAAAGAUCCCAAGAAAUAUUAUGCAAGAUAGUAGCUCUGAUGCCCUCGGGAAUACGCUUCAGUAUUUUUUCUCUGUGACAGAGCCCAUGGAAGGUAUCAAUGUGGUGGUCUCCAUCAACAUCCAGCCUAACCAGGACAGAAAGAAGAUGGCACUUUUUGAAGUUUACGAGGUAUAGGUGGACUUAGCUCAAAUUCGUGGCUCACAUUUUUCAGGCAUUUCACUAUCUCACUGAGUAGUCAUGAAAACAAAUGUAACUUAACAGAGCAAAUUCUGAUUUUCCUUUCAAAUGUUAUCUGAAUGCCUGAACAAAGAAUCACAGAACCAUAAAAAGUUAAACUAGGGAGAGACCUUAGAGAUUAUAUAGAACAAAAUGAAAAGCAUUCAUUGUUUAUGAUGUACCUAACAUUGUGCUAAGCACUAGGGAUACAAAGAGGAAAUAGAGAUAAUUGUUGUUGUCAAAAAGCUCAAAUUCUAAUGGGAAAGAGGAAUCAUAAAGGAAGACUCGUGUUCAGUUCAUGACAGAUGGAAAGACCAGAUAGUAAUUAGGUUUUGGUUUUAAUGAGGUUCUCUGCAUUUUGGAUAGCAGACACUGAGAGGAGAUGCAGAAGACCUAGAGGAUUGAAUGAACCAUUAACAGAUGCCAUGUGGGUUUUACCCUUCUCGGGGAACUUUGCUUCUCUCUCCAGGAGGUCAUAUCCCUAACACCCUUGUUUUCAGAAAUGCAAAAACUGAAAUCCAGGGGGAAAAUAGCUUUUAUAUUGUCUUUUGAGUUUUCUUUCUUCCAUAGUAAAUAUCAGCUAGUCCAUCCUCCCUUCCUCUCAUUUUACAGAUGUGAAUAUAGGAUUAUAGAUGAGAAAGAGAUUAAGGAUGACUGACAAAAUAAACUUAUGUAGGAUCAAUCAAGAGAUCAAGUAGGAAGGCUGGUAUUGGGAAGAAAGCUCAUGUCUUCAUCAGAGACUAGAAAAAAGCCAGAAUAGGAAAGGGGUUCAAAGUAUUUUGAGGUAGGAAAAAAAGAGAAAAGAAAGUUCAUGCCAGAUAUAAAAUAAAAUAUAAGGCAAGGUCCUAUCCUGAGAAGAUGGGUGGCAUUAAAGACUUGAGGGAAAAAAGGAAAGGUUUGAACAAGCACCGAAUAGACCAGUACAAACAAGGAUGGAAAGAAUAGAGAUGAUAACUCCCAGCUCUAAAAGCCAUGUGAGUAAUUCAGCAGCCUGAAUACUUUCUGAUGGCUCUGGCCAAAGGAAAGGAUGAAGGGACAAGGUGCUCGCAAUACCAAUGGGUCUUUCUAGUGACUGGUCUUCCAAAACCAGCUCUGGAGAGGUAAAGAAGAAUUUUAAAGAGGGAGAGGGGAAGAAAGGGAGAAAAGUUAUUUCCAGUGAUAGUAGAUGACUGAGUCACAGGGACUAAUGGUAGAAUAUGAGAUUGUUGUUAAAGAAAUGCAUUUCAGUUUUCUAUAACAGAGCUAGAGUGAUGGAGAAUAGCAAAGCCAAAAGUUAUAACCAUCUCCAUGUGUGCCUAAGAUGGAAUGAAGAUACAAAUCAUUGGAAAUGAAGUAGAUAAUGAACUGAGAAAUCAGAAUAUUUUAGAGGAUGUACAAAAUAAAGUCACUAAGCAUAAGGAUACAGGUUAGAGCAUAGAAUAAGACUGUAAAUCAGAUGAGACUUUUUGAGAACAAGAGGGAGAAUA